UUUCAGCGGCCGUUCAUGGCCGCGCUGACCGUCACGUUUCCGUCCGUCCAACGAGACGAAACAGUAGAUAAGACAGCUGCAGGUGACGACGCACGUGUCGAACAGGGUCGGCACACGAUUUUCGAAAUACGCGAAGCUGAAAAUAUUCUGCGGCCACGAAUACAACUCUGUACGAUAAUCGUGAUAAUCAUUAUAAUGGGCUCCCGCGAUCGUAGCCUAUCGGACUUUUAUCGUUACGUGUUACCAAAGAACUUUUUACUGAAGUUUGCCAUACUGGCGUUGAUUUUCAUCUUCACGGACGUGGGACGUCAUCUGCGAUCUCUGUUCGAUCCCUCAGCACUCUCCACCGAGGACAAAUUGGAAUACAAAUUCUACCCCGUCGCUACCGGGCAGGUUCAGUUCCGGGUGAAGGCAGCGAACGACGCCCACGUUGCUCUCACCACCGGCCCCGAGGAGGGAGAACCCAUGUACGAGGUUUUCAUCGGCGGAUGGAGCAACGGCAAAUCCGUGAUUCGCAAGAAUAGAGCGAAACCCGAAGCCGCGGAAGCCGAGACACCUGGUAUAUUAAGUCCUGACGAAUUCCGCGGUUUUUGGAUCAGAUGGGGCGAUGGUGCUAUCUCCGUGGGCAAGGAAGGCGAACCGAGUGCAUUCCUCACGUAUACCGAUCCAGACCCGUUCGGAAUCGGUUACUUCGGAGUGUGCACUGGUUGGGGUGCCUCCGGCGAAUGGAUGAUCGAAGGACACGGCUCGCUGUCAACGGGGAAUAAAUUAGUCUACCAAUUUCGUAAUGUGAGAAGCGGGGCUGUCCUCCUGGACGUGAAGGCCAAGAGUAACGCUCACAUUGCCUUGACCAACAAAAGGGGCGAAUCGUCCCCUAUGUAUGAAAUCUUGCUUGGGGGUUGGGAGAACAUGGCGUCGGUCAUCAGAUACGAUCGUAAACAGCCCGACAAGGUGCGCGUAGACACGCCAUACCUGAUGAACGAGAGCCAGUCGAAGAAGUUCGCGAUUACUUGGCUCGACGGCUUGAUCAGAGUCAGGGCUGAGAAUCUAAGCGGUCCCGUGAUCAUGGAAUGGCGGGAUCCUAAGCCGAUCGGCAUCAGCUACGUGGGCGUACGCACCGGUUGGGGCGCGACCGGAAAAUGGCAACUUCGUGCUGUCAGAUUUCCGGCUCCCGAUGCCAAAAAUGCAACGAGCCCAUCUGCCCCGCCUCCACCGGUGCAAGGUUUGGAGGAGGUAGGCGGUAAGUUCGGAGAAUGCUGGUGUGACUCGACAGGUGGCAUGGUGCCUGGAGAUGCUGUCGAAGGUGGAAAGGACGACGAGGUCCUGUUUGUAGGCAGAGCCUUCCACGAAGGAGCUCUUCUGCCCGGCAAAGUUAAACCUAGCCACUCUGUUUGCUACGUUGCAUGGGGUGGUGAAGAGCAUGGAAAGUCUGAGUACCAGGUUCUCUGUGGCUGCAGGCCUACAUGGGUUUCAACCAGUGGAAACAACAUUCCUCCCAAUUCAAUUCCUGGUGGCGAAACUGAGGAUGGGGAACCCCUCUUCAUCGGCCGCGUGCAACACGAAGGCACUUUGACAGUUGGCAAGGUGCAACCGUCCCACAGCGUCUGCUAUAUCCCAUUCGGUGGUACCGAAGUCGCCUUUCCCGAUUACGAGAUUUUGGUUUCACAGUAAUCGAGCAGUGAUCGCGCUGAGACAAAACAGAAUUACAGGCUGCACCGACUCGUCGAUGAAUUUUAACCAUUGUUUCAACAAUAAUUUUGUUUUCCAAAGCUAUGUUCAACAUUAAAAGGAGAAUCAGUUUGUGUUAUAUAUAAUAAGAUCGAUUUAAUAAUAAAAAAAGAAUAAUAUUAAGAAGAAUCA